UACAAUUUGGAAGCACCUUUACAUUAGGUACACUUAAUUACAAUAGUACUGUACUUAAUACACCUACUUCGAGUAAACCCUUCAGAAGCAAACAACUUCCGUAUUCCACACUAUGUCGACCAAGCAAUCGGACAGUUUUACUCAAAAUCGAUUUUUCUGGACAAUCUUCGGAUUAUGGCCCGGGAAAAUACCUAACAAAUAUUACAAAUACUUCUCUUUUACCUAUCUACUCAUCACCUUAGUCGCUUACGAAGCCCUUUUGACAAUAAACCUCUUUUACACGCCGCUCAGAAUCGACUCACUUAUUCGAGAAAUAAUUUUCUUCUUCACGGAAAUCGCAAUUGCAUUCAAAGCGUGCAUGAUAAUUUUUAAGAGGGAAAAAAUUUCAGCCAUAUUUGAUAUGCUCGAUUGUGACGAAUUUAAAGGAAGCGAUGCCACUGGCAGAGAGAUUGUUAGAAAGUACCACCAUUAUUAUAAAACAUACUUGAACACUUUUACUCUUCUAUGCAAUUUCACAUAUUUCGCUCAAGUGCUUUUUCCUGUAUUCGGAUAUUGGAUUUUUGGAAACACUUUGGAACUGCCGAUAUGCAAGUAUUAUUUUCUUUCUGACGAAACUAGAAAUCAAUAUUUUACCUUGAUUUAUAUAUAUGAAUCAUAUGGUAUGUACAAUCAUAUGAUGUACAACGUGAAUAAUGAUACUUUGAUAGCUGGUUACAUGGCAUUAGCGAUAGCCCAAGUUAAGGUGCUUCAACAUGAUUUGGAAAAUUUGCAAGUAGAUAAGUCUGACGAUGGCAGCGAAAAAAUGCGGGACCUAAAACAGCAGCAGAAGUUGCGUAAAAUUCUUCAUCACUACGGAUUGCUUAUAGAGUACGUUGAGCAGUUUCAGGACGUGAUCGGCGGGGCUAUGUUCGUUCAGUUCGGAAUCGGCUCCGCCAUAAUCUGCGCCUCGAUGUUAACAUUGCUUCUGCCUGCAACAGUGGAGUCCUACAUGUUCACGGUGGCUUACUUCAUGGCCCUCAACCUGGAAGUAUUCACCCCGGCUUGGCUUGGCACUCAGCUUACAUACGAGAGUCACGAUUUAAUGACAGCAGCGUAUAGCGGCGAAUGGUUGCCGCGCUCGGAGCGCUACAAGAGAUCUAUCAAGCUCUUCGUGGAGCGGGCGAAACAACCCAUCAUAAUUACUGGGCUUAAGUUGUUCCCGCUGUCACUGCCCACAUACAUAUCGAUAAUGAAAACUGCUUAUUCCUGCUUCGCAUUGAUUCGAAUUUUCCACAACCGAGAAGAGUAAGCGACAAGAACCUAAACAGAGCGUAGCUAGGCGAGGGGGAAGGGGGCCCACGCCCACGGAUUCGCACUUAAAGGGGCCUCGCGGACUCAAACCCUUUUUUCUUGGGAAUAUACAUCGAAAGAAAAGGCCCUCGCAGAUGCGACUUCGUCCACGG